AUAAACAAACCCCUGAUGAUGAAGAUGAUGAUUUCGCGGGUUUCAGUCAGCAGUCUCCAGCUCCUCCGGUGUUCGGUGUGUCUGAUGAGCGUCGCGUGUUCCGGUGUUUCCGGUGUGACGGAGCGGCAGGAGCGUGCGGCGGAUGGGAAGAUGCUGCCGGUGACCGGAGAACGGCCGCGAUCCCUGUGAGAUGGACGAGAAGAUCUCAACACGGCGACUAACUCACGAGAAAACGCCUCUGACUCCGCGCAGAAGCGGCGCGUUCGGUUCUGUCGCAUUCUCCCCGCGCGUCCCGAGCGGCGGCGGUUUACCGAUCAUCACCGGAGAUCCAGCUAUAAACACUGCGCUGACGUUAUUCCCUCUGCACCGUUCCUGAUCACGGAGAAGGAGAAAGAGGAAAUAUGAGAGCUCCGCCAGGCUUUCUUGGGAUUUUAUCAGAAGAAGAGCGCUCAGGAAGUGCACCGGGGAAUGUUUGAGGUGACUGAGAUGCUGUUUCUGAAACAUUAGCGGCGAGAGACGAGGAAGAGGAAGAGGAAGAGGGGGAGGGGAGAGAGAGAGAGAGAGAGAGAGAGAGCAGGUUUCCAGAAGCACCUGUUCCACUGCUGUGAUCAUGGAGAUUAACGUCCCAUCUCAACGCUUCUACUUCCCGCAGAUCUACUGUGAGCCCUGCGCGCCGCUCGCAGACAUCAAGGUCAGCGAGCAGAGCAUCUGUCAGGCCCGCGCCUCCGUCAUGGUCUACGACGACACCAGCAAAAAAUGGGUGCCGAUCAAACCGGGUCAGCAGGGCUUCAGUCGAAUCAACAUCUACCACAACACCAGCAGCAGCAGCUUCCGUGUGGUGGGAGUCAAACUGCAGGACCAGCAGGUGGUCAUCAACUACUCCAUCGUGAAGGGUCUGAAGUAUAACCAGGCCACACCCACCUUCCACCAGUGGCGUGACGCGCGGCAGGUGUACGGACUCAACUUCGCCAGUAAAGAGGAGGCCAGCACCUUCUCCAACGCCAUGCUGUUCGCCCUCAACGUGCUCAGCAGCCAGGAGCCAGGUCCAGCUGUUCAACGUCAAGUCCAGAACGGGCUGAGUUCAGAAGACAUGGAGGUCCAGAGACGGCAAAUGGAAAUACAGCAGCAGCAGAUGCAGGCGCAAAGCGAGCGGGAGAGACGAUCGUCCAACCCAGGAUCCCCGUUUCAGGGUCACCCCGCGGUGCUGUCUGUAGCUCCUCCCAUUGUGGCUCCGCCUCCUCUGCCGAUGGGUGGUCCCUGCCCCCCUCCCCCGCCUGGGCCGCCCCCCCCUUCCGCUGUAGCUCCGCCCCCUCCCCCGCCUCCUCUGCCUGUAGGUGGGUACGGGGGUCACGCCCAGGACGAUAGCCACGCCCCCUCGGGUCUCGCCGCCAUGAUCGCUGGAGCCAAACUGCGCCGCGUGCAACGGCCGGAGGACAGCUCUGCGUCCGGAGCCAAGCCGGAAGUGAACCGGAGCAGCGGAGGAGGCCUGAUGGAGGAGAUGAACGCGCUGCUCGCUCGCAGACGGAGAGCAGCAGAUGAGAAGAAGGACGGAGAGAGCCCAAGCGAGGAUCCGGCGUCUCGGGGACAGAGCUGCGCAGCUUCCUGUUCAUCUGAGACACAGCAGAGCAGGAAGAGUGAGCUCAGGGUUCGAGCCGCCGGCAGCAUCAGUGACUCAGACGCAUUAGACUUCGACAGAAUGAAACAGGAAAUCCUGGAGGAAGUGGUUCGUGAGCUGCACAAGGUGAAGGAUGAGAUCAUUGAUGCCGUCAGACACGAGCUCAGUAGAAUCAGCAGCACAUAGUGUCCAUCUCCUGGAGAGCCCAGAUCCUGCUGAAGCCUCCAGAGCCGGACGUCAC